AUUGACAUGCUGAGCGGACUCGCCGCCGGCGCUCAGCUGUCAGUGCGCCUGCGCGCGGGCUGGGCGCCACGGUUCUUAACCGGGCUUUGCCCGGCGCCGGGUGUAGCCAUGCGGAGAUCCGAUUCGGAGCAGCCCUCUAAGCGGCCCCGAUGCGAUGGCAGCCCAAGAACCCCACCAAACACUCCUUCUGCAGCGGCGAACGGGACCCCGCGCCCGAAACUCCACCCCGACCACCGGACCUGGGACCCAGAGCAGCAAAUAAAAUCACAGGUUCACAGCUACUCUGUCUUGAUGAGUCACAUCUUGACUAUCUUGGAGUUAGAUCCUUGGUGGAGAGGAAGAAGCUGCUUAAUUGUAUCCAACGAUUGAGUAAAGUUCAUUUUGAGGCAAUGAAGGUAAUUAAUGAUCCUAUCCAUGGCCUCAUUGGGCUCCACCCUCUUCUUAUCCGAAUUAUUGACACACCUCAAUUUCAGCGUCUUCGAUACAUUAAACAGUUGGGAGGCGGUUACUAUGUUUUUCCAGGAGCUUCACACAAUCGAUUUGAGCACAGUCUAGGGGUGGGGUAUCUAGCAGGAUGUCUAGUUCGCACACUGUGUGAAAAACAACCAGAGCUGCCGAUAAGUGAGCGAGAUAUACUCUGUGUUCAGAUUGCUGGGCUUUGUCAUGAUCUUGGUCAUGGGCCAUUUUCUCAUAUGUUUGAUGGGAGAUUUAUCCCACUUGCUCGCCCGGAAGUGAAAUGGACGCAUGAACAGGGCUCAGUUCAAAUGUUUGAGCAUCUUAUAAAUUCUAAUGGACUCAGAAGUGUCAUGGAAGACUAUGAUCUCGUCCCUGAGGAAGAUAUUUGCUUUAUCAAGGAACAAAUUAUAGGACCACCUGAAACACCAGUAAAAGAUUCUUUGUGGCCAUAUAAAGGACGUCCUCAAGAGAAAAGCUUUCUUUAUGAGAUAGUAUCUAAUAAAAGAAAUGGCAUCGAUGUGGAUAAAUGGGAUUAUUUUGCCAGGGACUGCCAUCAUCUUGGAAUGCAAAAUAAUUUUGAUCACAAUCGCUUUAUUAAGUUUGCCCGUGUCUGUGAAGUAGAUAAUGAGAAGCCUAUUUGUGCUAGAGAAAAGGAGGUUGGAAAUCUAUAUGAUAUGUUCUACACACGUAACAGGUUACACCGCAAAGCUUAUCAACACAGAGUUAGCAACCUCAUUGAUACAAUGGUUGCAGAUGCUUUCCUCAAAGCAGACCCCUACAUAGAGAUUACAGGUGCUAACGGGAAAAAAUAUCACAUUUCUACAGCAAUUGAUGACAUGGAAGCCUUCACUAAGCUGACAGAUAACGUUUUUCUGGAGAUUUUACACUCCACUGAUCCCAAAUUGGACGCAGCACGAAGGAUUUUGAAAAAUAUUGAAUCCCGUAAUCUCUACACGUUUGUGGGUGAGACCCAGCCACCAGAAGCAAAGAAGAUUGAAAGGGAAGACUAUGAACACCUUCCAAAAGAGGUUGCCGAUGCUAAACCUAGUGGUAUACUCCUGGAGGCUGAAUUGAAGGCUGAAGAUUUCAUGGUGGAUGUUAUCAACAUGGAUUAUGGAAUGAAAGACAAGAAUCCAAUUGAUCAUGUUUACUUCUAUUGUAAGAGUGACCCCAGCAAAGCCAUCAAGAUAAAUAAAAGUCAGGUUUCACAGCUUCUACCAGAGAGAUUUGCAGAGCAGCUGAUUCGAGUGUAUUGUAAGAAGAAAGAUGAAAAGAGUUUGUUUGCUGCACGACAACAUUUCGUUCAGUGGUGUCUAACCAAGAACUACAGCAAGCCGCAGGAUGGCGAUGUUGUCGCCCCACUUAUAACACCUCGAAAACCAGAGUGGAAUUCCAGGGAUUCAGCCCACAGAGCAUCCAAACGCCUUGAGUUUUGAAGAUGACUUGGCAUAAAUAUCUGCAAUUGGUCACUUACUAAAAGCCCUCCCCCAGUACAAGCUAGGAGAUUUAAUUACAUAGUUCCACAAAUUUAGUAACUAGAGCUUUUAUUCUGUAUUUUGAAUAUAUACACAUGCUGAAGGUAAGUCAUUUUUACUUUAAAAAAAAAAAAAAAAAAAGCUAUUAGGCAAAUCUUCCUAUCCAUGCUAUGAAAAGCAUUACCUUGCCUAUUUUUAACAUUAACCUUUCUCCUUUGGUAAUCUAUUUUCUUAGAAUAACAACUCUUUAUCGACUCUGAACUCCUAUGACAGAUGAUUGUUUUUUGUUUUUAACUUAGAAAUGAGACAGGGCAGUUUUGAAGUUCGAAGUGUCAUGAACAGACAUGAUUAAAAAUAAAAUCUCCGUCCCCUGAGAGACGUCUCUCAAACCCUGAGUCUGAGGACAGCUUCUCAAAUGAUACCUAAACAUCAGUGAAAGAGGUUGUUCUCGCUCUUGUAGCCCCGAGAAGCUGCCAGGUGGGGUGAACAGUAGACCAGGACCAGGGGUUGCUUCCCCCUCUGGUGAGCAGAUCUGAGGACUCUGGCCUCUUUUUCUUUUUUCUUUUUUUUUUUUUUUUUUUUUUUGGUGGUGCUGAGUUUUGAACCAGGAACCUCUUACAUGGAGGUAAAUACUCUGUCACUGAGCCACACUCUGUCCUCCUCCUCAUUGGGACAUAAAACCCUCCUUCAGGAAUCCCCAGAGGCAGAAGGAUCCUGCAAACCAGGUCGCUCCGAGUCUGUCGUGGCUUCAGACUCCGGCAGCUUCUUGUUCUCUGAAUUCUCGCCGUCCCUCUCCUGGGGCCUCACCACUGCCCAGCCUGGAGAAGCCCUCCCUCUAGCCUGUCUCUGGGUCUGCCUUUUGAGCUGCUCAGAGGUCGUGGCAGGGACUGUCUGUCCCUGGGGCUGUUCUUGCCUGGAACUUUGCUUUCGCAUUUUGUUCUGUGGGUUUCACAGCAGACUAGACUGCCUUUCCUGGGGUGGUAACUGCCCUGUGGGUCCCAGGUUCCCUUGGUAACUUGAUGUUCCCAGCCGUGGAGAGGGUGCCACCAUGGUCAAGCAGUGCUCCUGUGCCAGGGGAGCCCCCACCCCCCGGGUGUGUGUAGAAGUUCACCAAGAACAAAGUCUGGAGUUGGGGCCAAAGUGGGCGGUGGCCAGAGGGUGUUUAUGCACGGAUGCUCCCUGAGCCUGGAGCGAGGUGGCAGUGGGCAGCAAGUACCUGUGCUGUCACCUUCCACUGUCCUCCUGGGAGUGGCAGUCGACCCUUGAUUCCCUACUGAGGGAUGGAGGGUGGUGACAGCCAGGGUGGCAGCUGUUCCAAAUGCCCUGCCCCUGGUUACCGUGGAAAGUGGCAGCAUCACCCCCCACCACAGUCCCCUGGUGGAGGCAGUUCACUGGUGGGCUCCUGGAAGCACAUGGGAGGUUCCAGGUCAGCUGUGCCUGGCUGGCCGCACCCCUGAAACCCGGAGGGGAAGCAGCUGGAGGCCGGAACCUGUGCCGACCAAAGGUCAAGAAUGUAAUGUUUCCUGCUAAGAUUGUUCUUUUUUUCCUUCUUAUUUUUAAAUCACUGUGAUUUACUCUGGAAUUUUGUAAUCCUAAUAUUGUAUCAUUGUGCUGUCUGAGGAACAAUUUGAAUCUGUUUGGGAUUUUUUUUGCCUCUUUCCUUACAUGUAAGGCAGCUGCACUUUACGCUGUUUGCAACUGUUUUAAUUAUAAGAACCAUGUGCCACUCACAAGGCUAAAUUUUUCUUAAGAACCAUCUUGACUCUGUAUAAAAAUGGAGAUUUUACCAGCUUAGUCUCUAAAGUUCCUGAACAUUGUCACCUGGGGACUGUGAAUAGAACUGCAGGUUCAAGUGCGUGGUUCCUUCAGCUGGGUGAAGGAAAUGGCUGCAAUAAAGCUUUGUGAAUGUGCCUCCGGCGUGGA